CCCUAAUCGUCGUUUUCUAUGGAGCUGUGUGUGUCAUUCUAUAAGACAUCGGGGAAAGGGCUCGUUGUUUAACCAGGAAAGCUGAGGCUACACUUUGUUUCUUUUAUUGUAUUCCAAGACAUCAGGAGGAUUAGUGGCUUGAUCCCCAAAGUCUGUAAUUUCUCGGAUUCUCUUUCACACAGGCGCGCACACAGAAUCCAUGUAUCCUAUCAUACGGCCAUCAGGGCUGUAACGCUGGUCAUUGAUUCGGAGAACGGACGAGAAGGAGGCGGUGAGAGAGAGCGGCCGUACAAGUGACUCGACUCGUCAUGGAGAAGACCACGGGGGAUAUUCGCCGACCCGGAGUCCGCUAAAACCCUGCCCCUAACUCCCGCCAAAAUGCUACCCUGGACUUUAUUUGUGAUGCUAUUCCAAAUACUGGAGUUGAGUACGGUGCUUGCAUCAGGUGAUGAAGGACCCGCCUACUGGAACAAAUUUAACGACGUCUCGCGGGACGAGAUGACAGAGGAACAGCGCCUCCUAUACUUUUUAUUGCGGACCUACGAUAAAUCGUCACGUCCGGUCAUCAAGGCAUCCACCCCUGUAGUGAUCCGUCUGGGAAUAACCCUAACUCAGAUUCUUGAUGUGGAUGAGAAAAAUCAAAUUCUGACCACCAAUAUUUGGCUCGAUCAGGAGUGGAUGGACGAGAAAUUAGUGUGGGACAACAUCACGGAGUUUGCGCACAUCCAGAAGAUGAGGAUCCCGUGUGAUCUCGUCUGGUUACCCGACAUCGUUCUAUACAACAGCGUUGACAGUCACAACAAAGGGUACAUGAAGAGCCUGGCUUUCUUGGACAGUAACGGGAACGUUUUCUGGCCUCCAAUAGUCAAGUUCCGUAGCUCCUGUAAGAUGGACAUUACAUACUUCCCUUUCGACGACCAAGUGUGCUCGUUAAAACUGGGAUCGUGGGCUUAUGACGGGUACCAAGUUGACGUCACAAACCGCUCGCUGGAUGUCGACACGACUCGGUACGUGGAUAAUGGCGAGUGGACACUCAUAGGCACAAAGGCCGUGCGCAGAGUGGUUCGAUAUCCGUGCUGUCCGGAGCCUUUUCCGGAUGUGACGUUUUACAUUCACAUACGACGUCGAGUUCUGUAUUAUGCGUUUAACGUCAUCAUACCUUGUGCUCUUCUGUCUUCGCUGACGUUGACGGGAUUUCUAUUGCCGCCGGAUUCGGGAGAAAAGGUGACGCUAGGACUAACUGUUCUCCUGGCGUUUUCUGUGUUUAUGUUGCUGAUAGCAGAAAAUAUGCCCGCCACUUCCGAGUACAUUCCACUCAUAGGGAUCUACCUGACGGUCAUUAUGGCGAUGAGCGGGAUGUCUGUGGUCUUCUCUGUCCUGGUGCUCAACAUCCAUCACAAGGGCGUCCUCUCCAAGUACCCCCCGCGGAUCCUCAAGUGUGUCACGCGGGUCUUCGCUCGAGUCCUUUGUAUGAAGGUUCAACUUGACGACACAGCGAACCCCGCCUCUGUUCGCCGAAACACGUACACACCGGUCAACUACACGUGUAAAUCCCAUGACAACGAGAGCUUGUUGUACAACGAUAUGCAGCGCCACACUCCCAUCCACGUGGACUUACAAGACAGUGACGCCAUUGAUGACGUCAUGAACCAAAACAUGCCCCAAAACGUGUCUGGGAAAUCUAACUUUGACAUGGAGAUUCUGAAUUAUUUCACACAAGUGAUGGCUAGCCAUGAACAGUCUUUGGUCGAGAAACAAAUAAUUCACGAAUGGCGGGAGAUCGCGCGAGUUAUGGACAAGGCGUUCUUCUGGUUGUUUCUGCUUGUGACGAUAUCAUCAACCAUCGUUAUACUAGUGAUCAGCCCAAUGACAAAGGAAAUCAACCUAGACGAAGUCAACCAUUCAUAUUAGGGACAUUCGGACUCCUUGUAAACAGUCUCUCUGUACCGUUUGUGUUCUUCCGUACUGAGUCAUCUUUGUUUUUGUUUAUGCGUAUUCCGUUAAAAGAAGUAUAACACUUGUCAACAAAUGUUUUCUGUGACUUUCUUUGUUUCUCGUCUGGUGGAUACUUAUUCCUGGUGGAAUGUGAAUGAUUCUGAUUCAGUCCAAUUAAUUGGCUAUGGAAGUCUAAUUUUUAUUUUUUAAUGUGUUUAUUGAAUGUCCGUACAAAGAACCACGUGAUCAACAAUGUGGACAUGUGCUUUCAUUUUUUUUUCUUAUUUGGCAUCAUAACGAUUUCCUUAAUUUGCCUCAGUAUGUUUCUGUAUAGAACAAACAAAAGUUGUAAUUCGAUUUUGCAUGUUGUGUGCAUAUUUAACUAUUGUAUUGUCAUAGUUAACAUUAGUCAUGAUAAAAUUCAAUAAACUCAUAAAACAAUUAGGAUUAGCGGAAAGUCAAAGAAGGAUUCAUGAAUAUUCAAGAUAAAUAGUUCACCAGUGUUAAAUUGAAUUACGUUAUAUGUAUAAUAUUUAAUUAUGAAUAUCCAACUUUAGAACUUAUGAAGAAUAUUUAUUGCAGUUCUAGUAUUUCUUCUUUCGAUUCACCGCUGCAUUUGCAUUGUACAAACAAUAGAUGUCCAAAUUUUGAAAUAAGGGAAGAGCUUGGGGUUUUGGAUGGUUAUUUGAAGAGUUUCAAUUGCUAGAAAAUAUAUUUAAUAUUAUAAAAGGAGUAAACAUGCAGAAGAACAGGGGGGGGGGGGUACUACUAGGGG